AUGAUGAAGAAGAAGGAAGAGAAAGAAGAAGAAGCUGCUGCUUCUGUGGCUAAAAUUUGGGACUGUGGGAGCCCCUUGUAUGAUUCUUAUGAGCUGGCUUCGGUUGGCCAUAUUCUUGAGCGGCACACGAUGGCCUUCCCAUUUUUCUGCAGGGACUCUGGUGGUGAGGACCGCAUGACAAAGAUAAAGACGAAAGGGUCUGGUUUGUGGAAGAGGAAGGAGAGCAAUGGUGGUCAGAAAUGGAAGAAGUUAAGGACCGGAUUUCAUAGUUUUCUUGGGACGUUUCGUUUUUGCAGGAAGAGAGAUGUGUAUAGAAGUGAAAAGUAG